AUGUCAGAAGCAUAUGCCGUGAAUAUGACUAUUGUGACCAUGCUGUGGAUAGAAAAGGCAUGCAUCCUCGCCGAGCAGCCUCCCUUCGAGGCCGUUAUGGGAAUCUUCGGUGUCCCAUUAUUAUGCGGGGCUUUGUUCUCUUAUUUUCGCACUGUGAAGUCAUCCCUCGUCACAUUUCCUUCUGUUAUUAUUCCAUUAAGCGAUAUCUUCGAUAACCAAGCUGCUUCGCUGGAUGGCACCACCGGCAACUUCGAUGGUUAUGGCGCCACAUAUGCAGCAGAGUACCUACCUGAGGGCCCGUGGUUGUAUAAUGGAAUCUCAUAUGACCUGCCAUCGACUUGGGGACAAAGCCAAGACAAUGUCGUUGCUGGAGGCCAAGUUGUGAAGCUCUCGAAUGCAACUUAUGUUCACGAGUUGCAUAUCAUAUAUGCAGGGGAUAGUUCGGGUAGCGGAUUAAGUGGAACGUUCAGCCUGAACUACGCGGAUCAUUCAAUCAAGUACUUGCAAUUCACUGGACAAGGCUGGUUGAAUAUAAAUGGGGGAGCAAUUCGAACACCAUACCAUUUCGAAGAAUAUUCAUCCAAUAAGAAUUGGAACUCUACCCAAAUCUUCCAAUUAUCGCUAUCCGUACCGUCUCGUACACCGCUUGAAAGCAUCGCGCUCCCAGAAAUGUCUUCUACCUCGAACAGACUCCAUAUAUUUGCGCUUUCUAUGACACCUUCUUUUAAACCUGCCAGUGGUCUUCUGGUGCCUCAGCUCUCUAUCCGUAGUGCCCAAUUCAGCACGAGGUGGGAAGACAUCAAUGGGCAGCGAGCUCAAGCCGUCGCCAUCACCCUUGCGAAUCUGCUCUCAGGGAGUUACUCUACCUCCCCGAACGCAUCCAUAAACUCGCGGUACGAGAUCUCAGUGACAGGCGAGGGGGUCUCCACGGUCACACCUGGCCUCGUGUAUCGCCUGGUCCCCGCAGACCAGGCUCGUGUAGAUGUCUUUGUUCUCAACGAUGGCGGGACAGGAAAUGCAACAGUCACGAUCAAAGAUGAAUUUGGGAAUGUUGUUGGGACUUCCGCGGGUUGGCCCAUCGUCCCGCUGCGGACAGAAUGGACAGCAGACGCUGAUGUACUGGCCACACAUGAGACGCCCACUUGGUGGAAUCAGGCCAAGUAUGGAAUCUUCAUUCAUUGGGGCAUCUAUAGCGUCCCUGCUUGGGGUCCGCCUGGUUCAUAUGCGGAGUGGUAUGACUGGAGCCUUCAUAAUCCUCCGAACUCCAGCUCGCCGACAUGGGUACAUCACCUGGACACUUAUGGGAAGGAUAUCGUAUACGAUGACUUUAUUGCUAACUUCACAGCGUCUACUUGGAAUCCCAGAGCUUGGUUAGAUCUGUUCUCUGAGGCUGGGGCGAAGUACUUUGUCAUCGUUACUGUGGGAGCUGCUCUUUGUUGGUUGUCAGUCAAGUCUAACCGUGCCGCAUUGCAGAAACAUCACGACGGUUAUGCAUUAUUUGAUACAAAAAACACCACGCACAGAAGUAGUGUAUACCUUAACCCACAUCGUGACUUUGUCAAAGAGCUCAUGGACACUGCCAAAUCUGAUUAUCCCGAUAUUCAUCGAGGCACAUACUACUCACUUCCCGAAUGGUUCAAUCCAUACUUCUCCAAGUAUGGGUUUAGUUCAUGGCCAGGAGGCUUGGCGCACAACGCAUUCAAUGCGUCUGAGCUAGAGCCUUAUACUGGAAUAUUGAAUAUAAGCGACUACAUCGAGGAUUUGCAAUACCCCCAGAUGCUGUCUUUGGCGCUGGAAUACGACACAGAAAUCAUGUGGUGCGACAUUGGAGGCCCCAAUAAGACGUUGGACUUUGCUGCACAGUUCUUUAACAAGGCGAUGCAGAAUGGCUAUCAGGUUACCAUAAAUGAUCGUUGUGGUGCGGUCCCGGACUUUGACACACCAGAGUAUGCGACGUUCGCUUCCCUGUCCACUCGCCACUGGGAAACGAGCGAAGGGAUGGACCCGAAUAGCUAUGUCGUGAGCAAGAAUGGAAACUAUUUGCUCGAUGUCGGUCCCACUGCAGAGGGCGACAUCAUCGCACCGAUGGCAGACAACCUCCUCGCUGCCGGCAAAUGGCUCAAGUAUGCAGGCGACUGCGUCUACGCAACUGAUUACUGGUACCAAGCGUCCCAAGAUCCGACGGGAUUAUUUAGGUUCCUCACCACACCAAAAACAUUUUGCAUUAUCGCGUUUAACAAGCCGAGCGAUGGGAAAGUUACGGUGGAUGCGGGUGGCGUGGCGCUUCCGAUUCAGAAGGGAGAUAGUGUUGUGCUACUGGGACCGUCAACGAAUUCGCAGAGCCUUGAGUGGGACGUUGAUGGAUCGGGUGUCUUGACGGUUGUGGUGCCUCAGGAUGAAGUCGAUCAGGUAGAUUAUGCCUGGGCAUUCCAGGUGUCAUAUUCUGGGUGA